AUGAUCGUUGGCCGCCAGAAGAGGACAGCCGUCCGCCGGUUGUCGCCGCCGACGUUUGGCCUGUGCUGUGCCGUCGCUCUAUUUUUCACGAUGUUGGACGACGCUAGUGGACAGGCUCAGCCAAUGCCUGCUCAAGAACAGCAGCUACCACCGGCUCAGCCGACGGCGCCGUGGUACGAGACGUUGCCGGCCGUUGCGAUGGAUUACAAAGUGAUCAUCGACCCGGGCAAAGAGGAUUGUUAUUUUCAAUUUGUCAACCCAGGAGCAACAUUCUACGCAAGCGCUCAGGUGCUGAGAGGCGGUGACGGGAUGGCUGGUUUUGCCGUCAGGCAUCCCAACGGGCAGAUUGUUCACCCUUACCAGUGGAAAGCCAGUUCCGAUUACCAAGACCAAGAGUCCACAGGAGGCUAUUACAGUGUUUGUAUAGAUAAUCAGUUUUCCAAAUUUGCUGCCAAAUUAGUAAAUUUGUACAUCACAGUCAUUAGGUAUGAUAAAUGGGAUGAAUACCACAAAGAAAUUGAAGACAUGAAUGUCGGCGUUGAAAAUUUUACAUCUACCGUGAAAUCAGUUGAAAACAACAUAAAUCACAUGUUGCAACAUCAACACCAUGUCCGCAGUCAAGAAAAUCGUGAUUAUAAUUUAUUAGUUGAUAACAAAACAUAUGUGAACAGAUGGUCUAUAAUGCAAAUUUUGUUAAUAAUGGGAACAACAACUUUACAAGUUUAUUUUGUUCGUAAAUUGUUUGAAACUAAAACUGGAAAGUCAAAAACAAGGGCUUAA